AUGGGUUCAAACCAUUCACUUGAGAUAAAACCUAAAGAAGCAAACAAUCAUGAAGGAACAAACGAGCCAGAUUGGAUAUCUAAACAGGCAAAUAAUGAAGAGUAUCAAAUUAUCAGGAGAAAAGAUAUAUAAGUCCUAAGAAAGCCUUUCAAACAGAUUCUACCAAGCAGAUCAAGAAAGCAUGACCAGUAGAGAGUGUAUAUAUUGACCUGACUGAAGAGAGAAAUACAGAAGUAAAGCAACCGGAUAGACAGAUAAAGGUUAAAAAGAAUCAAAGAAUCACCCUUGAAGACUUUGAAAUCAAAAGAUGUAUUGGAAUUGGAGGAUUCUCAACUGUAGUUGAAGUUAUGAAAAAGGAUACUCAAGAGUUCUAUGCGAUGAAGAUUAUCCAAAAGUCAAUGAUUGAGAAAUAAAUCCAAAAUUAAACAGAUCAUGGCUGAGAGGAAUAUCUUAAAAAUGAUUGAUCAUCCCUUCCUUAUUAACCUUCAUUGGGCAUUCAAAUCGAAUGAUUACCUUCAUAUGGUUCUUGAUUACUGCCCUGGAGGAGAAUUCUUUUAUCAUCUCAGUAGAAAUGGCAAAUUAGAUGAGGAGAUUGCUAGGUUCUACUUCUGAGAAGUCUUACUAGCAUUGGAAUAUCUACACAAUAAUGGAGUCAUUUACAGAGACUUAAAACCUGAAAAUAUCUUACUUGAUAUAGAGGGGCAUGUUGUCUUAACUGACUUUGGAUUAAGUAAAACAAAUUUUACAAGGGACACUCUCUCACAUUCAUUUUGAGGGAGCCCUGAGUACAUGAGUCCAGAAAUGCUUGAAGAGACAGGUCAUGGAUUCAGCAUAGACAUUUACUCAUUAGGAGCUUUACUUUAUGAAUUCCUGACUGGGCUUCCUCCUCAUUAUUCUCAAGAUAGAAAUGAGUUGUUUCACAAUAUUUGAAAUAAUAAGCUGACAUUACCUGACUACUUGAGUUUUGAAGCAAAAGAUUUACUCAAAAGACUUCUUAAAAAGAACCCUAAUGAAAGACUAGGAGCUAUUGAUGGAAUAGGAGAGAUCAAAUUUCAUCCAUUCUGUGAAACUAUUGACUUUGAUGCACUAGCUGAGAAAAGAUAUGUUCCACCUUUCAUUCCUGAAAAGGAUGAGUUCUAUUUUGAUACAGAUUACCUGAAAACACAGAUUGAAGAAAAUCCCGAGAACUAUUUCCCAAUCAACGAUAUUCUAAAGAAUGAAAGCAAAGAGAGUGUAAAUCAUGAAAUAUUGUUAGACAGACAUACUAUUACCGAACUAAAUGAGUUCCCUGAAGGACUUUAUGGAGAGAAACAAUCCGGGAGCAUCAAUGUCUCCCUUCAAGAGUCCACCUACAAAGGUUAUUCUUUCUAUAAAGCUGCUUCAGAGACCUCUGAGAGUUGAGAUUGAAGCUUAGUGUCAACUCAGUAUAAAAUUUCUGAUAGAAUAAACGACUUGAAUACUAGUAAAUUAACUAAAGAGACUCAGUUUGAACUUCCUAAAGAAGAGAUUUCUUCCAAAGAGCCUAAAUUUAUGAGUUCCCAGUACUCCAGCAAUGAUUUCGACAUCGACGAAACUAAAAAUGACCCCUUUGAAGAGGAAAUUUUUGUUGAGGAAACUACUGAGAGAGUCAAUAUUUCUACAGAGCCAGAAAUCCUAAAGCCACAUAUUGGCAAUAACACUAAAACAAAGAGACAAAGAAAUUUAGAAGAAUACUGAAUUGAUAAAUCAGAGACUCAAAAUAUGGAGACAGAGUCUGACUUCAUAGAUGAAUUUCUUGAAAGUUUUGAUACAGAGCUACAAGAUAUUCAAGAGAAUGAGUCUUUUAAUGACAUAGAAGAGCAUGAAGAUGAUCAUGACCUUAAGUUACAGUAUUAUAGUUCAUACCUCAGUUCAAAAAUGGAAAACUACUCUUCUUUUAAUAACAAGAAAGCCUCUGUAAAUUUUAUACAGAAGGAAAAAGCAUUAACUUCAGUAAAACCUCCUCAAAAGAAGAUUAAAGUGAACCACACUCUCACGAGAAACCAAAAUAGUUUCUGAGAGAAGUUAGUUCAAAUUUCUCAGCACAAAGAGUCUGAGGAUAACUCAAUCAUUAACUUUGAUUCGUUAAAAAGACCAUGCAAAGAGGUUAAUCUGAAAAAAUAUGCUUCAGCACGAAUUUCUUGUGAGAGAAUACCUACAAAAAAUAUCAUUAAAAAGCAAAAUAUGUGUUGAGUAAACACAACAAAACAGGUUGAGAAUCUUAGUAAGACAAGUAGGGAUACUCAAAAUCGCACUUUCAAGCUUCCACCUAGAUCAGGUCAUUUCAAUAAUUCAAGCACUAGUUAUCUUCACAAGCAGAAGUUCCUGUCUAGAGAUAAUUCCUUAAAUGACUCUAAAAGCUAUAACAGGAUAAAUAGUCAGCUUGGUUUUAAUAGGACUACAAGAAUGAGCAAAAAUCCAAAAUUAAUGGCUGAAGCUGAAGAGAAAAGGAAUACAAAUUCAUAUAUUAGGAAUCUAAGCUGUAAUAAGUCUAUUGGAGGAGAAGUCAGAGAGUCAAAUCCAACUAAAACAAUGACGAAUAUGAAGUUAUCCUUCGAGAGCAACAACUGGCCUGGAACCAUGAUGGAUUUUAUGAAUUCCAAAAUAUCUCAAAAUAGUCCAUUCGACCCAUGAUCAUCAAUCGAUUCAGAUGUAAUUGUGAAAACUGAGCAUUUAAGAAAGCCUCUCAGCCAUAGCAAAGCACAGAUAAAGAAACCUCAGAAUCAACAAAGAGAUUCUUAUGCACCUCUAAGAACCAUCGAUCAUCGAAGGGGUAGCAAGACACCAAUGUUGGAAGCAAAGAUUGCAAAUAACUCGAUUGAUAGAACUAUUGAUUCAAGAAUGCAGGACUCAUUCCUUACUUCAACUCUUAAAUUAGCCAAUAUGCACUUAAACAAGAAACUAACAGACACUUCUGACAGAGAUAGUUCUAUGAUCGAUAGAAGUAGGAAUGGCAACAUAAAAUACUCUACUUAUUCAGAACAAGCGAGCAUUGCAAAACUGAAUAGACUGAACAUUGAUCAUGAAAGUAAAUCGUUUUCGUCAAGAAUUAAAACGAAACAUCAGAAUAACCAAUUUGUAUUUGAAAAAUCAAACAAGACCAAUACCCUUACAGCAUCUGUUGUGAAUUCAAUAAUGGACAAUAGAUAUGGAAGGUACUCCCAUACAGGCGAAGACAGUAGAAGUCAUUGAGCAAGAUCAAAGCCUAAAUUCGAUAAUGUUGAGAGAAAAAGCGUUCUCAAUGCAUCAAAAAAUACAAAAAUUAUUCAAAAUUUUAGUUCAUCGAAUCUCAUUAAGAAGUCAAAGCCGACUUUUUCAAGGAAGAAAGGAUCAUAUAUUCAAAAACAUGAUAAUCCAUUAUCAAGGGCGCAAUCAGCGAGAGCAGAGUCUCAACCUUAUGAGUACGAGGUUAGGAACAUCACGCUCAAUUGAGAAUCAGGAUUUGAAAGCAAGCCCUCAUUGAAACGUACUAAAGAUUCUUUAGGAAGUUUUAUUGAUGAAACCAAGAUGAGUUCAUGUCACACUAAGCCUUCUUACUCAAGUUCACGUUCAAAGAUUAUCCCUAAAAGAAGUUCUGCCCAUCCAAAUACCCACUCAAAACUAGCUGGAAUAGGGAACUAUAAGAGAAGGCAGGCCCAUUUCUAAUAU